GGGAGGAAGUCUUUGGGAUCUCAUUAACAGGAAACAUUACUUGUACCUGUUGAAUCACCGCACUGUUUCAUGUUUGAAAACAGUAGUGUUUUAGAUAAGACAAGACAUCUUCAUCACGACCAUGAUGUACUGAGUGCUUUCCCUCCAUCACUCAUGCUGGAGAAGAUAUGGAGUGAGGAAGGAGGAUGCUCUAUAAUCUAUUCAGAGCAAUUUUUGUGGAGCUUCAGCAGCCAGGACUUUAACACAGGAUAUGAGCAAGCAGUAUUGACAGGGAGUUUUUAAUUUCCACAAUGGUGAUGUGAUUCUUUAAAAAUCCAGGAUUUUGGACCAUUUUCUGAACUCAAGGAACUGACAGGAAUGAAAGUCGCAUGACAGGCUUGAAUCCAUGACCGGAGAAAUCUUCAGAUAGACACAUUUUGGGUCUUUUGUUCUGCCUGCAAGAAUACGGGAGAAAAAUGACAUUCAUAUGUAGCGGUGCAGAACAGGAGAAAAUUUAUUAAGACCAUUCAGCCUAGGAGAGAAUCCAAUAACUGACAAAUUAAUUUUCUGACAAGAAGCACUUUAUGAGUUGGUUCCAAUCUGGAAACAGAAUCUGAACAAGACGUAUUCAUCGGUAAAGAAGAAGCAGAGCUUUAAUUAAAUAUAUCUUGAGUGGGAGAAGAAAUCCAUGACCAGGAAUAUAUAUAUUUAUGUAUGUGGUACAAUGGAACAUGUUUGAAUUUCCACGGGGGAAUUGUUUCCUACAAAUGUCUCUGUCGCCCAUUAUGACAGUACCACCUGCCUGGGCAGGAGUGUUAAUAGGCAUUGACAUUUAUUUAUGAUAUGUAUCAUGGACAAUCUCCGAGACAAGAUGCCUCUUCACUAAGAGACAGCUAUUAGAUGCUACUUGUGUUUCAAUGCACUGGCUGUUGAUUGAAUAGCAAAUUGGCAAAAAAAAACAAAAAAAAAACAGAGACGAAGCAAUUUGCUUUCUUAAUAAACUGCAGGGCAGUGGAACUGAAGCAGAGAGCUUUAGUUUGCAGAAAGCUCUGGAAGGCAGCGGAAACUUAUUCAGACACUGGGCACGAAGAAAAACAAGAAGUGCGCAAUAUAAAUUAGUUUGCUAGAAAUGCCGUAUGCUUAAACCAAGCUUUGGAACUUAAGUCACCAUUGUUGACUGAGUAUUGCCUUAUUGCACUGUUGUCACAUUCCAUCCUAUUAUUACAGCAGGAUUUGUCAUAAACCACUGCUGGCAAUAUCAUUCUUCUUAAUUGGUAUUCCGUGCUCUAGAAUGAUUGCUUCACACCUACGAUUCAUGGGCGUGGUGUAAGCCAACACUCAGAGCAGGCAAAAAUAUUGCUAAUGCUUAAAGAAACCCUAGGCUUACGAGAUGGCACCAGCAAGAUAACACAACGAAGAAAAAAAUCUCAGAGAAAAACUGUCAUUAACUCAGCGUGAGGAGUCAUUUGGUCCAGGGUGUUUCCUACCUCCAAACAUGAAGAAGAUAAAGCGAAAGUUGUCCCUCACAUUCCGAGGCAAGCGUACCAUUGAUGAGAGCCUGUCAGAGCUGGCGGAGCACAUGACAAUAGAGGAAAAUGGAGAAGUAAAAGAAAAUGGAAACAGUGUUGUCCAUGAGCAUCCUAGAAUUGGUUCUGAUGGUGAGAGUGAGGAAGUCUCAGGAACAUCAGAUGAACGAGAAGAAUACACAUCGCCUGUGAAGUUACGGCAAAAACAUCGAAGAUAUAGCGAGCAAGACAUCAGCAAGCGUCUGUCUCUACCGCCUGAUCUGAGGCUCCCCGAGAAUUUCCUCGCACGCCAAAGCGUCAGUCCCACCCUGGACGGUCCACUCACCAGGCGACUACGUCGAGCCUCUUUAUCAGAAAUAGGCUUUGGAAGAAUAGAGUCCUAUACAAAGUUAGAUAAAUUAGGAGAGGGUACUUAUGCCACUGUAUUCAAAGGCAAGAGCAGGUUAACAGAAACCUUAGUAGCUUUAAAGGAAAUCCGCCUAGAACAUGAAGAAGGGGCACCAUGUACAGCUAUCAGGGAAGUGUCCCUCUUAAGAGAGUUAAAGCACAACAACAUUGUGACAUUACAUGAUAUUAUACACACAGACAAAUCACUGACUCUAGUCUUUGAAUAUCUGGACAAAGAUCUCAAGCAAUAUAUGGAUGACUGUGGUAACAUAAUGAACCUACACAAUGUCAGGAUAUUCCUUUUUCAGCUUCUCAGAGGUUUGGCAUAUUGCCAUAAAAGAAGAAUUUUACACAGGGAUCUAAAACCACAAAAUUUACUUAUCAAUGAAAGGGGAGAGUUAAAGUUAGCAGAUUUUGGUCUGGCCAGGGCCAAAUCAAUACCUACAAAAACCUAUUCCAAUGAAGUGGUCACAUUAUGGUAUCGUCCUCCUGAUGUGUUAUUAGGAUCAACUGAAUACUCUACACAGAUAGACAUGUGGGGUGUUGGUUGUAUAUUUUAUGAAAUGGGUUGUGGAAGUCCAUUGUUUCCUGGCUCCACAGUGGAAGAUGAACUGCAUUUGAUUUUUAAGGUGCUAGGAACUCCCACAGAAGAGAGCUGGCCAGGAAUCUCCCAGGUUGAAGACUUUGCCAGCAAUCAUUUCCCACAUUACGAGCCAAAACCACUCAUUAAUCAUGCCCCUAGAUUUGACCAAGCAGCCUUGGACCUACUAGGGAAAUUCCUAGAGUAUAAUGUGAAGAAACGUAUUUUAGCAUCAGAAGCCAUGAAGCAUUCGUACUUCAACAGCUUUGGUCCUAAUGCACAAAAAUUACCUGACACUGUCUCAAUCUUCAGUUUGCCUGGUGUGAAACUGGAGAAGGAUCCAGGAAUGAGGACAUCAUCGUUAGCAACUUCAGGGAGCAGACGGCGCCAGAGCAUGCUGUUUUGAAGGAUCACAUAAUACAGAGGAGAGUGGAGAGAAGUCACUCCUAAGGCCAAUCAACAGUACCAGCCCUGUUAGAACUGAAGAUCAUACCACUGUUACAACCGACUCGACUACACUGUAGACAAUGGGCCCGAGUGCCCCACAGCUGAAAAAAAAGGGUCUUCAGUUCAAAAGAUAGUCUGUCAACCUUAGAACCAAUUGUGGGUGUGUUUGACUUGAAAGAAGCAAAUAUGGACAUCCAACAUAUGGGCAGGGCGAUUGUAACUCGUCAUCCAGUGAUGAAAUAUAUAGAUUGAUGGAUAAAGGCCUGGGCUUUUUUUACUAAAGAAAAAGCCCAUAAGAGGAUGCAGACAAACCAGUUUCUUUCAAAGAAGCAUCUUACAUUAUCAUCAUGCGUUUCACUUCAGACUUCUCUUGUUGUUGGACGGAGUUCCCUGCCUGCACUGUUGGGUUCAGGGCUUCUAUGUAUCAGUUGCCACCAUGUCCAAGGACUAUUGAAGUCAUCUACAAAGGUUAUAAAAGAGAAAAAGUGAUAUAUGGAUGUGCCAGAUUUUCAUCUAGCUGGGAGUCUUCAACUUUUGUGGUCUAUAUAUAAGUAACAGAAGCUGUGUUCAGGUGUAAGAAUCACACAUGCUGCCAUCUAUAUCCCAAGAGAAGCUCAUCUAGACUGGGAUCUGUUAAUAUCCCUUGAGCAAUUUUGAGAAGAGGUCAGACAGAAGGUCAUAAUGUUUUAUAAUGUGAUAUGAUGAGCAAAGAGUUCAAUAGAAACAUUCUAUACCAGACAGUGAUGGUAUGGAAAGUUAGGACAUGACGACAGCGGCAAAAUUAUUUGCCCGAUGUAGUAGUAUAUUGGACAUUUCUGCUCAAUGCAUUGGAAUGGCCUCACAUGAGAAAGAUGACACACGUAUAUUUUAAAAGCACUUUUACUGUGUUCAGAGCUUUGUGCAAGAUAACGGGUGUCCCAGUACAGAAGUCCACAUUUCUGAAACUCAGGAUGAAAAAAGUACCCUCUUCUGAUUUAUUGUGAAGCAGUGUUCAGACAAGACAACUUUUGACCUGAUAUUGGUCCAACUUAUAAACCCGCGUUCAGACAAGACUACUUUUGACUUUACACUGGUACAACUAAUAAAGUAGCAUUCAGCCAGGACUACUUUUGACCUGAAAUUGGGCAAACUUGCACUGUCAGACAUCCAUACAUAUUUUAGAACUAUUGUCUUUGUGUAACAUAAGUUAGUGGUCUGAUUUCCAAUACAGAUUACAAGCACGAGAUAUUAAAGGCUGGGAUAGAUAUUCACAAUUUUUUUCACUCUAAAGGGACCAUUGCAUGAUGUGGUUCUAUUGUCUGUUGCUUGAAUUGGUUCUGAGGUAGCAGUGAAAGGAUGCUUGCAACCAAUUGAAGGGUACCAAUUUUUUUUAAUUGUAUGGAACAUUGGAAUGCUGUAUCAUGUACGAAAAGGCAUGUCACAGAAUGUGAGAGCAGAAAAGGAAUUAAGUAAAAAUUGGGUUGCUGCUCUACAAUCCACUUUGUGAAAUAAUAAGUAUUUGAUCAUGAACACAUUGUCAUAGUAAAAGUCUGUAGGUUUAGUAUGUGCACUGUCACACAGUCUUAGAAGUUAGGAAGUUUAGAAAUUUAGGGGGAACAUAAACAUGCUGUUUUACCUCACAGGAAGUAUUUACAGCAUAACAUUACCUUAUUGUCAUUUAAGCUGCUGUCCAUUCGACUUAUGCUGGUUAUGAAUGAUAAUUAUGCUUGUUGAAUUUGCAACUGCACACUUGAAUCUAUUGCCAUGGUUUUCUGCCCUUAAUAGUAAACAAAUAUAAACUUACGCUUGAAUCAACCAUACCAAACACAUCCUUCAGAUUAAUUCAUCGUUGAUUGGAAUUUUACAGAUUUAAUUCAAGGAACAGUAUACAUGCUUGCCCCAGGAAAAAAUUCACAACAUAUAUUUGAUGAACACAUACUUUUGGAGCUAUUCUUCUCUGCUGCAUGCUCUUUUGGUUUGUGAAUUUGCAGAGCAGGGGAUGGGUUUCUGGUUAAUUUGGAAAAACAUGACAGAUCUGAGAACAUGAACUAACCGUAUUCAAAGAAAAUUGGAUGGUUCAAUAUGUUGGCAAGCCUGUAUACUGCUUCUCCAUGCCACAGUCCCAGAUAUUUGGUCACCCAGUGAGUUCUCUUUGUUAUUAAGUAAUUAAAAUAUCAUUCAGUGCAAUUGCAACCCCACUCUAUGAUACAGUCCGUUGUUUGGGUAUCUUAAGUAUCUACCUUGUUCAAGUUGUUCAUAGCAAUUCAUAUGUUCACAGUGUUUUUAGUACAAGACUUGAGGUCAGUUUCGACUGGAGAUGGGCCGUUUUAACCUCGUCUUUCACAGCAGGAUGUGCAAAUACAAUUUCUAACCACGGGAAAUCAGUCAAACUUCAAUUAAAAAAAAAAAAAAGAGGUUCAUUGAAACAGCUAAAAAGGAAUUUGGUUGACAAAGUGAAAAAAAAAUAGCAGAGGCACCUGCAAGAAAAACUGGUACUACAUCAGGUUGGUCAAUAUCCUCUGGAAAUGGGCCGAAAGUUGAUGAAGUGA